AUGCUGCGUCGCAAUGCCCGACUUCGCAAGGAGUAUUUGUACAAAAAGGCUUUGGAAGAUAGAGAAGCCACAACAUUUGAUAAGAAGAGGAAGCUCCAGGAGGCCUUGGACAAGAAUAAAGCCAUUCCAACAGAGUUGAAAGGCGAGGACAAGAAGUUGCGAAAGACCUUGGAUUUAGCAGACGACCGGACCAAAGAGCAGAGAAAGGCCAUUGAUGAUGAGUACGCUUUUCUCGGCGUGAAGGAUCCCAAAGUGCUCCUGACCACCUCACGAGACCCAUCAUCUCGCCUCAGUCAGUUCUUGAAAGAACUCAGAAUGUUGUUUCCCGGUGCCCAGCGGAUGAAUAGAGGUGGCUACGUGGUGAAGGAUUUGAUGCAGCUGGCAAGGUCACAUGAAAUGACAGAUGUCAUCAUUGUCCACGAGCACAGGGGGGAACCAGAUGGCAUGGUCGUGUGCCACCUGCCAUUUGGCCCCACGGCAUACUUUGGCUUGUCCAAUGUCGUGUUGCGGCAUGACCUAGCGGAAAAGCCUCCAACUAUGUCGGAGGCAAACCCACAUUUGAUUUUCCACGGGUUUACAGCCAAGACCGGCUUAAGACUCAAGACGAUCCUCCAGGCCCUUUUUCCUCCUGCUAAGCAAGCAGGUGAUCGGGUGAUGACCUUUGCAAACCGUCGCGAUGUCAUCCACUUUCGCCACCACAACUUUGUCAGGCAACGAAUGGCAACGUGCAUGGUGUUUGCACGGUGUCUUUGCGAUGGUGCUCUGUAG